AUGUCUCGUGUACCUCGUCCGGCGAAAUCCACUGGAAACAUACGUGGUCAAUAUCGUGCAUCUACGACAACAGCAACUAAAGCUACUACCCCGACUACCCCGACGAGACUACGCGUGCCGAGUACUGCAACGAAGCCAAGACCGAUAUCUCCAACUCCUCGCAAGAAGACUGAGGAUGUACCAGAACCUCCAAAGGAAAAGCUAAGCUUGAAGGAACAGAUCGCAUUGAAGAGGGCAGAAGUAAAGAAAGCACAAGCCACGCAGAAGGUUACGGGUCCUCUGGAUGUGGGACCCGACUCGUUACCUGAGAGACCUCGAAAAGCAGAAGACGAAACGCUUGACCUGGGUCGACUAGGUGUACGAGAGACUAUCGAUCGAGCUCGCAGUUCAGGCAAUCUCGUCCUUUCAUCACGUUCCCUACCAUGCAUUCCGUCUUGCUUAUUCGAGAUACAUCUUGGUGUUAUGCCCAAGCCUCUUGAUUCUGUCAAUGAGCCUGAAUAUCCUGCCGAUGAUGUGUCAAAGCGCAGCAGACAAAGCAGACAACAAACUUCUUGGUUCGAGGCACAGGAUCUUAUGGUUCUCAAAGCACGAAAUAACGAGAUUGUUGCUAUUCAGCCGGAAUUGUCGCUUUUCGGCGGUCUCAAGGUCCUUGAUCUUCACAGCAAUCAACUCAAUACCUUACCAGAAUCACUGGUUUCACUGGCGUUGCUAACAAUGUUGGAUGUGUCAAACAACAAUCUGACUGAAUUUCCUCCCUCGCUGUUCUCCCUUCCGGCCCUUGCGACUCUCAAUGCUGCGAAUAAUCAACUCACAUCUCUGCCUUUCGCGCGAUUUAACGAUCCAGUAGAUCUGUCUGGGUCACUCAGUCCUGAUAUUUUCUACCAACCCGACGUUACUCGCUCAACCGAACCUCUACCAAGCCUGCGCGUUCUGGAUGUUGGAUACAACAAACUGACUGCAGCAACUAUUGAUUCAGCACACUUGCCUCGCAACGUAACUCGCAUCAUAUUAACCCGGAAUCCUCUAGGAGAGUCGCGUGGAUUAAUCUCUGCUCUGGCCAGCCUCGAGCGUCUACAAGAGAUAAUUAUGGAUCAUGCGCUGAUCAGGGACGAAUCGUUCCUGGAACCACCGGCGAACGGCUUCCCGAACCUUCAGAUUUUCGAUCUCAGCGAGACUGAGGUCACGGAAGAGGCGAUUCGUUCAUAUUUUGCAAACUCUCCACGAAGUAACUCCAUAAAUUUCCAUGUGACUACAGCGCCUCCAAGUCCAGGAGAGUUACGCAUCUCCGUCGGCAAAAGGGUCAUCAAGGAGUCCUGGGAGAUCGAGGCGGAGCAGCGUUACUUGAAGAAAAAGAAAAGUGCGAUAAACAUGAACACUCAGCAGAACGAUACUCCUGUAGAAAAGGAACCAUGGGAACUGGAGGCAGAGCAGGGUCUGAUGACAGAGGGAGGACGCAGACGUGCUAGAGCUGCUGCGGCUGCAGCAUCUACAUCGGCUACCUCAGUCGCACGAACCAAGGCAGUAUCUCCGACUCAGUCGAAACCCCGUAUUCCGUCUCCAAAACUAGUCGAAAAAGAACAAUGGGAAAUUGAAGCUGAACAGGGUCUGUUGACCGAGGGUGGCCGACGACGAUUGCGAGCUCAGCAAGCCGCUUCCUCAGCGCGAAAGUCAAGUCCUCCAAGUACCAACCUCUCCCUUGCAAACUCGUCAUAUUAUUCAGCUUCGACGUUAACGUUAACUUUACCUGCAUCUGUACCGCCUACUCGAGCACAUGCACGAGCGUUCUCGAUGGCAAUGACGCCACAAAGCAAUCGUAAAACGGAAGAUCUCCUAGUUCCCACUCCGACGCUCCCAUUGGACGUAAUCUCGCGGCAGGACUUUGCUGGGAAGCUUCAAGUUCUAAACCUCAGCAAUCGGCGUGCAGACCCGAGUUUCACCUUCCCGUCUUCUGCUGUAUUACCUUCGAUGCAAAGCUCCGGGGGUGUACUUCCUCAUCUCAGCGAACUAAUUCUUGACGGGUGUGCAUUAGGCGACGUAGUUUCUAUUUCCUACGAAUCCGAGGAUGGCGGUGCUCCAACAGUGACGAAACGCAAUUUACUCGAAAUAAUCGCAGAUACCUUCCCCUCCCUCACCACCCUCGACCUCUCCUACAACUCACUUACGUCAGACGGCCUAUCCCCCGCCGUGAUCGAGCGCUUACUCGUACCAUCCAAUGAUAACGGCCGGAAAGGACUGAAAAUCCUACGAUUGAGGGGGAAUCGUUUGACGUCACUUGAAGCGUUCGAGCAAGUCGCAGGACAUUUUAGAGGGAACAGAGAAGUGACGGAUUGGUGCCUCGAGGAGCUUGAUGUGAGGGAUAAUGAGAUUUCGAGGUUACCUUCGUUGAUGGGGUUGAUACCGAUGGACGUGUUCUUGGUGGAUGGCAAUGUGUUCCGCGUACCACCGAGAAAGGUAUGGGAGAGAGAAGGAACAAAGGGCCUGUUGAGUUGGCUUCGCGGGCGCAUUGAGUAA